AUUUAAUGGCCGACGUUGACACUUGUGCAGACUGUGAUGAGAGUAGAUGGUCAUUGUCAAACAUAGAAGAUAAUUUUGGUGAAAACUGCACAAGAAAAGUUCACGCUCAGAAACAAGCAUUGAAAGUGGAAAAUGAGCACUGGGAUAUCAAUUAUACAGUACUGCGAGUCUUCGUAUGUCUCUUGAUACUGUUCUGUAUAAUUUUACAGAACUAUAUGGAUUACAGAGCAUUAAAACAGGAAAUGGAAUUGUACACGAUAGAGUAUGAGGAGUUCCUCUCCCUGGAUCCUUCAUGUUCCUCCAAAACUAUAUUUGUGUGGCCGUCCAAAGGUCAAGGUGAUUUCUGGGCUUGGGAGCCACUGGAGAAGACACUUAAAGUCAAUACUACCUUGUUUGUCAGGUGACAGGAGUUUCCCAGCCUGCAAAUUCUUUUUAUAGUGUUGUUAUUUCUAUUUAUAAAAAGAGGGAUAUAAGUCAGCAAUUUUAAUUUAUUUGCAAGGACAGAUUUUGUCAGAUUUAUUUUUAUACCGGUAUUAAAGCAUUAAUAUUUUAUAUAUUUCAUAUUUUAGUUGAUUGGUAUUAUUACUUUGUGCUCCUUGAUUUUCUUGCCUUUGCAUAUUUUAUUUUCUAUAUUAUGAUUAGAUCCCUAUCAUGAUAUACUGUAUACAAGGAAAUAUUCGCCCCUGUUUUAUUUUCGCUCCUUUCACCCUUAUUAUCUGCAGGUGAAUUUAAGACUGGGCGAAUUUUAAUGUUUCAAAUCAUAUCUUUCUGAAGAUACUGGGUCUGGGCGAAUUCAAGACAGGAUGAAAGUGUAGAAGGGCGAAAAUUACACGGGGCGAAAAUAACCCUGUAUACAGUACCCUAAUUCCAUCAUGAUAAAGGCAUUAUAAUGAAUUUUGAUAAUGUUAUUUGAAUGUUCAUUCAAAAUUUCGUAUGCAGUGGUUGUUUUUAGCUAGUUAUGAAAUCAACAGAAGUAUGAUGUCUAGUCAAUUAAUCUUAAAUACAAAGGAUCCUAUGGAUUCAGUUAGAUACAUUACUUAUAUAUAUAUUACAGUGAUACGUUUAUCUGUGCUUGCCAGUCUGAGAGUGAUGUAUGAUGAUUGACUUUGUAUGUAGCAUAUGCCAUAUGUAUACAUGUAUUUUAAUCUUAUACCGGGUAUGUCAAUUAUUGAAUAAACAAAAGUAACUAAAAUUUGCAUUGAUCA